AUGUUGUGGAACAAGCGGAAGAAGCAAGCUUACUUAAGGUUGAGGAAGAAAUUAUCAGACAGGGCUCUAGUGGGUUACAUGGUAGCCAAGAAGGAACUGCAGAAUGGACUUAGAAGAGCGAAAAGGGGACAUGAGAAAACGUUGGUGGUGCCGCCAGCUCCUGUGAAGAUUACUCAGCAGUCCCAUUUCACACUACUCUGUACAACAGUUGGAUUCUUUCCGAAAGAGUUUAACAUCACGUGGUAUGAAAAUAAAAUGGAAAUUAUGUUUGGGAUUAACACAACUAUACAACAGAACAAGGAAGGAUUAUAUCAAGUUUCCAGUUAUCUCAGCCCUGUGCAGAAUGCAUUGAUGUAUACCUGUGAGGUUUCUCAUGUUUCUCUCAAAGUCCCAGCCAUUGACAGCUAUACAGUUCUUGAUCAGGCUGACACUGGUACAUUUCCAAAAGAAUUGGUGGCUGGAUGUGCUGUUGCAGGAUUAUUACUUUUAAUGCUAGUAACUGUUGUGAUACCUUGCAAAUUAGAUACAAUUAAAGGCACCGGGAUAACUCCAGUUAACUCCAGAGAUAACAGCCAGUUUGAAGAACAGGUUUGUUUCAUGAUCACUUUUGUUUUUGCCAAGUAG